AUGAACGGCAAAGGGCCGUUCCCAGGCCAGGCCCCGUUCCCGGGCCCGGCCCCCCCCGGGUACCCCCAGGCCCUGCCCCUGCCGCAGCCGCCCCCAUUCCUGGACCCUGCCCCUGCGUACCCCGAGCUCUACCGUCUCAGCCUCGUCCCCCUGGGCUCUGCUGGCGUCCCCCCCGUGUCCCCGGCGUUCCCAGGUGCGUCCCUGUACCUGCCCCUGGCGCCGCCGCUGCCCCUGGGGGCUCUGGGCUCCCCCGUGGCCUACCUGCCCCUGGGCCAGGUGUACCCGCCAGGACCUGCCGUGCUGCUGGAAGGAGCCUUCGACACCGGGGCCAGGCUGGGCACGGGCGGCACCGGCGGCGUCCCGCCGCCGCCCGCCGGGUGCCCCCCGGUGCCGGUCCCGCCCGGAGCCGCCGUGCUGCUGCCCCCGCGCAAGGGGGGCUUCCCGGGGGGGGCGGGGGGCUUCAGCCUCUGGUGAGGGGGGGGCGGGUUUGGGACCCCCCCCCCGCCCGUCAGCGCCUCCCCCCAGAAAUGUCCCGGGAUCUUUUUUAACCCGCUCCGAGCAAUCCUGGAUCAUUUGCACUUCAGCUCUACUCAAAGCCAUGCCCGGGGCCGGGGCCGUGCCGCAGCUCCCGCGGGAUCCUCCCGUCCCAGCUAGAACCGGGUUUAAAUUAACCCGCGCUUAAUUAGCAAACGCUUGAUUUUAACUCAAAACCCGGCGGUUUUGCACCCGAAUUCCUUAAAAUCCGAGAGGCUGAUUCCCAUCGGUCCGGGUGUGUCAGUGAACACGCAAAUCCCUUGGAUCGCUUUGGGGGGUUAUCAAUGGGGUUAUCAAUGGGGUUAUCAGUGGGGUUAUCAAUGUUUAUUGGCGGGUUUGUGAAUGAGUUUUUGUGAAUGGGAUGUUUGUAGGCGGGUUUUUCUCUCAAUGGGGUUUUUGUGAAUGGGUUUAUCGAUGUCCUUAUCAGUGACUCACGCCUGCAUUGAUAACCAAACCCCCACGGGCUUGGCAGGAACAUUUCAGGGAUCCUCGAUCGGGUGAUAUUCUUCUUUUUUUGGCUGUUAUUUGAUGAAGAAAGAGCUCAGAUUCCACUCUUUGAUCUGAAUAUUUCACUUUAAUCCGAAUCCCUGUCCUCUGUGUGUGUGUGUGACCAUCCCUGACUGUUCCUGAGCUCAGCUCUCGGACUCUCUGUGCUGCACUGAACUUGUGGAGUUUUUAUACUAAAAUAAAGAUUAUUUUGAAAAUUUAAACGAAGUAACAAAUUCCUGUUGGGCCUCUGAGAACCCCUUUGGCUGCUGCCAGCCGGGGGUUUCCUCACUCCUUUCCUUUUUCCUGCUGGCUUGGGAACUUCCUCUUUUUGGAUAAUUACAUUUUGGGGUUAAUUAGGGGUUUUUCCUGCCCUCGGGCACCCACAUAUUCCUUCCAUGGUUGGCUUCAUAAAUUAAGGGGGGG